AGCCAUUUUGGCUCAAGCCAUUUUGGCUCAAGCUUGCCCGAGCUAGUUUGAAGCCGUAGCUAGUCUGACGCCCCAGUCAGACGUUUGAUGAGCUUCAGAUUCUUGGGCAGCUGCUAUGGGUUCGAGUCUGCUCUGGAGGCUGGCAUGCCGGCAGGGCUCUCGAUAUGGUGCUUCUCGGCCGUGUGCAGUGCUUCUGCUUGCGCAGAUGCCGACAUCUGGACGCCUUUGGUGGUACUUGCUGUGGCGAAUAUUAUCAGAAGUGGCGUGGCUGCAAUGACACUGUACGUCUGCACUGCACGCGUCGAUGUGUGGCGGUCGGUGGUCAGCGCCUAUCUGCUCAGUCUCUCUUAUGCAGUUCUCUUCGGGCAUGCGUGGAUUGUUUUCUGCUGGCACAGGGCUUCUAUCGACGACCGAGCCAGGGAACGUAGCCACAGACCCGAAGCAACCGUUCGCUUUCUGAUUCCCAUGAUCAACGACUUAUCCUCCAUUGUGUGGUGCGUGUGCGUGUUCAGCCUUCGCGUCCCGACGCAGAGUGGCCCGCCGUAUCUACACGUGGCGUCUUUCGUCGUUCGCGACGUCAAUUUGAAAUGCAUGGACUCGACGUGCGCCAUCUGCUUUGAUAACAUAUCAUCGGGCUGUCUUGCAGGAAGGCUUCCUUGCGGUCAUGUCUAUCAUGACCUGUGCUUGCGAACCUGGCUUGACAAGGCAAACCCUGAGACUCCGUGUCCCAUGCGUUGCUCGGGUGUUGCGAGUUCCAAGAUUGGAUUGUCAGCAGAAGAGCCGCGUCACGUUUCGAGGACCCCCCUCGGAACUUCACAGGUGGCCCUUUGCACCUGAUGAGGCCGAAGUAGACCUCUUGCCGCGCCUGGUAUCGAGGCGGCCGUCUGGCUUCGUGCGACGCUCACAGGCAGCUUGCGUCAUCCACCGCAGAACCAGGCCACAUUGAACACUGUCGUGUCGUCUACAAGAGGAGUAGGAGGAGGAGGGUGCGGCUGUGCGGGUGUCUUUGCAGCCGUUACCACAUGGAGGAGCACUGGCACAGCGAGCGGACCUUCGGGCGAUGUCUUCGCGGGUAGAA